CACAUCUUCCCUCUUCCCACCGUAUCCCCUUCUUCCCCAUCAAAUCCCCACCUCCCCACCUCCACUACUUCCCAUCCCUUCCGCCAUCAAAAUCUAAAAGCCUCUUCUCCUCCACAUUCCCUUCCUCGGAGCAAGAACAAGAAGGAGAAGGAGAAGAAGCGAAGAGGAAUGAAGAAAAACAAACAAAAUGUAUAUCACAAUCCCCACCAACCUCUCCAACCCAAUGUUGAUGCUCAACCCAUAGCUCGUCGCCGGCAGCAGAAGCUCCGUCUCCUUCCUCCUCCCAAAAUAACCAUCCCUCUCUCGAUCCACCAUCUUAUGCUCUGCCUCCCAAUACAUCCACAACAACAACUCCACACUCUCCGCCUAUUCGCCUCUCCAGAAGAAGACCACGUGCCGGUUCGACAACGUAAGGCCUGUCGUGCGGCUCCGACGGCCUCCCGCACCUGAUUGUGAGCGGUGACCAGAAGCACUGGGGCGAGUUCGUGAUCAAAGGGGUUCUGUUCCACGUCGCCGGGUGGAUCGGGUAGGUGGGUCGGAGCUACCAGAUUGCCAUUAGUGGUGAGAAGAAGCCUGUCAUCAUCGAUGUUCCCCUAGCUACUGGGAUGAUCUUCAUAGGCUUAUCUUAGCUCAUUUAUGCUUACAGAGAGUUCCUCAACGAAUACCUAGUUGUUAAGGAUGUUUGAAAUCUGAUUUUGAUUUUGGGUUGGGAAAACAGUUAAGAGAAGGGUUUUGUUCAUUCGCUUGGGAAUGUGUGUAAUUACUUUUUAUUCACUCCAUAAUCGUCUUUGGUCCCUCAUAUGUCGUCAUCUCCAUCUCCACCUUGCGAUGAGGCCGGGCCUGGCCGCCAUCCCCCGGCUCCGAGGCAGGCGGAACUAGAGGCACGGGCGCCGCUGCCGGAGCAGCCCUUGCGCCAUCGAGGCCGUGCGAUUCGCCGUCCAUUUUGGGGGAUGCGAGAGGAGAGGACAGUGGGGAAGCCUAGGGAUUUUAAUUGGGGAUGAUUGUCAAGUUUUUUUGUGUGGUUAUUUUGUGUUUUUAAUAAAAAAUUUUAUCUCAG